CUGGACGUGACGAGUGUGUUUGGAGGUGCAUUCCAUCACGAUGGUCCCUUCGAUGCGUGCACGCCGCAUAGAAACAAGAACCAGAAGUCUGCUCCUGUGCUGGCAUUCCCGGCUGAUGGUCCGAACAACUCGAUACGAGGAGUAGGUGCCGUCAACAAGGAUGCUACGCUGAACUACAUUCAAGGACGUCGUGAAGACGAGGAUGACGAUCUGUACACCACGAGCGUUGCCUCGCAGAACUACUCGAGAACGUAUAAGAACGACUCCCAGUCCACGCUUGCAGCCGUCAAGCCUGGCACUGAUAUCACACAGUUUGAUGCUAAUAUGAAGGCUGAGCCAGUCCAUGGACAAACCACGCUUGGCCUGGGCUCGUCGACGUUCCUGGACGGUGCUCCAGUGGCUGCAAAGACCUUGGAGGAGGAGCAGAGCAAGCAGUAUCAAUCACUCGGCAGAAAGAAGUCGCUAAAGCAGAGAAUCACAGGAGAUGCCCCUCCAGCUGGCACCAACGGCCAACGAGACGAGGAUAAAGAGUCCAAUUCUCUGCUGAAGAGGGUGAAGAGCUUGAAGGUUGGCAGAAAGUAG